UUAUCGAAAUUUACCCUUUAAAAUAGUAAAAGUUCAAGAUGGGUCGUUACGCCAAGGAACCAGAUAAUCCUGCCAAGUCUUGUAAGGCUCGCGGAUCGAACCUCCGUGUUCAUUUCAAGAACACCCGCGAAACGGCGCUAGCCAUCAAGCGUAUGCCCCUGCGCCGGGCUCAGAAGUUCCUGAAGAACGUCUGCGAGAAGCAAGAGUGCGUCCCAUUCCGCCGGUUCAACGGUGGUGUCGGUCGUUGUGCCCAGGCCAAGCACUGGAACACCUCGGUCGGUCGUUGGCCCAAGAAGUCGGCCGAGUUCUUGCUGCAGCUGCUCAAGAACGCCGAAGCGAAUGCCGAUUUCCGCGGCCUCGAUGUCGACCGACUGGUCGUUGACCAUAUCCAGGUCAACCGGGCCCCGUGUCUGAGGCGCCGGACGUACCGUGCCCACGGUCGCAUCAACCCCUACAUGUCGUCGCCCUGCCACAUCGAGCUGACGCUCACCGAGAAGGAAGACGUCGUGAGCAAGGCCGCCGAAACCGAACCGGCCAAGAAAAAGCUUUCCAAGAAGAAGCUCCAGCGGCAGAAGGAAAAGAUGAUGCGUAACGAGUAGAUGGAUGUUUUGUUUUCUUUAAGAUUUAACCGCGCUUAGGGUUAAUAAGUAAUGAGGAAGUGUACAAUCGAAACUGGUGAGAAUAUACGACAUUUGAAAGGCGUAAGAAA